AUGCGCUUGUUCCUCUUGUUCCUCUUCCUAAUCACCACCGUGCUCUCCAUAGGCUUGGAUCCAGUGCUCACGAAAUCAGUUAUGCAACAACGUCGAGAAAAAAUAUUCAAGAGAUGCAUGGAAAUCUGCGUCGAGGACGAAGAAGUUGCUAAGCCUAAUCAGAUUUUAUGCUCUCAAUGUCGUCUUCCCAUUGAUCCAGAGGGCCUGUUUUUAUAA